GAGCUGGGUCCAGCGUCCAGCCCUCCGGCCUUUGCUUAGCGCCCCCACCCCGCAGAGAGGAGUGGUCCUACCGAAACCGGCCCGGUCCGGCCCGGCGGUGAGAUGAGCUUCUUCGGCUUUGGGCAGAGCGUGGAGGUGGAAAUCUUGCUGAACGAUGCGGAGAGUAGGAAGCGGGCCGAGCACAAAACGGAGGACGGGAAGAAGGAGAAAUAUUUCCUCUUCUACGACGGAGAGACGGUCUCCGGGAAGGUGAGCCUCGCACUCAAGAACCCCAACAAGCGGCUGGAGCACCAGGGCAUCAAGAUCGAGUUCAUCGGGCAGAUCGAACUCUACUAUGACCGCGGGAACCACCAUGAGUUUGUGUCCCUGGUGAAGGAUUUGGCCCGGCCCGGAGAAAUUAGCCAAUCACAGGCCUUCGACUUUGAAUUCACCCACGUGGAGAAGCCGUAUGAGUCAUACACAGGCCAGAAUGUGAAACUAAGGUAUUUCCUUCGAGCCACCAUCAGCCGCCGCCUCAAUGAUGUCGUCAAAGAGAUGGACAUUGUAGUCCACACACUCAGCACGUACCCAGAGUUGAACUCCUCCAUCAAGAUGGAGGUUGGGAUCGAGGACUGCCUGCACAUUGAGUUUGAGUAUAAUAAGUCCAAAUACCACUUGAAAGAUGUCAUUGUAGGAAAGAUCUACUUCCUCUUGGUGAGAAUCAAAAUCAAGCACAUGGAGAUAGAUAUCAUCAAGCGGGAAACGACGGGCACAGGCCCCAACGUGUACCACGAGAAUGACACGAUAGCCAAGUACGAGAUCAUGGACGGGGCACCCGUGAGAGGAGAGUCCAUUCCGAUCCGGCUCUUCCUGGCGGGCUACGAGCUCACCCCCACCAUGAGGGACAUCAACAAGAAGUUCUCUGUGCGCUAUUACCUCAAUCUGGUGCUGAUAGAUGAGGAGGAACGGCGCUACUUCAAACAGCAGGAAGUGGUGUUGUGGCGGAAAGGUGACAUCGUACGGAAGAGCAUGUCCCACCAGGCAGCCAUCGCCUCACAACGCUUCGAGGGUACAGCCUCCCUGGGUGAGGUGCGGACCCCCAGCCAGCUGUCUGACAACAACAGCAGGCAGUAGGCCCCCAGAGCCAAGAAGCUGCUGGGCUUCCACCCCAGCACCCCCGUCUACCAAACACCAGCGGCUGGGGGAGGGGGAGGACAGUGUGAUGCUCAACUGACCUGUUACUUGCAACCUGAAAACAAAUCGUGUUUUGACUUAAAUUCUUUUUUCUGAAGAACCUAAGGGGCUUGGGUUGGGAGGCAGUCUCCUUGAGAUUCUGCGGCCGAUGUGGGAAUAGGGAGAGGUAGCAUCCUGGUAGCUGGUCUGUCUGGGGAAAAGAGCCUUCUGUUGAGGCCUUCCGUGUGCGGCUGCCUUGCAUUUUACAGGAGAGCAGAGAGCGGGCAUCCUUGGCUCCUGGGUCUCUGAGCUUCCUGAUACAGGAUCUGAACAUGUCCCUGGGAUUCUGAGCUGCCAGCAGGGCCCGGGGUAGUCACAUCUUAUUCUCUCCUCCACUAUCCCUACCCUAUCCUAAAUGGCAGGGGCGGGGGGAGACUCAAGAUCAGGAAGCUACCUCUUUGGGAGUCUUGGAUGUGGUGCUUUGAUGUUUCCACAAGCCACCUCCUUUCUGGCCUCUCACUGCUGGGACCCAGGCACCUCCCUUCUCCAUCUUCUACAGACUCUUACCAGUAACGUCCUGGAACAGAAGCCUGUGGAAGGGCCUU